GGUAAAAUGGAUUAAUUACUAAGGAGCAACCUUUUUUUCUGGUGGGCCAGUGCAACUUUUUGUCUUUUCUUUCUACGUUCACUCGUUACAAAAAUUAAUAAACACGACCGAACCUUAGGUCAGCUUCUGCGCGAAUCAUAGCCAUUCACAUACCUUCGUAUCUAGCAGCUCUGGUUGAUGUACCGGUAAAGUUUACACUAGUAUGCCCUCUACAGUCCCAACAAAGUAAUGUGUGUUUCCCACGGUUUGUAGCUACUUGGCCCUUGGAUAAAUGUAUUGUACGAGGUUCGGGAAUGGAAGAUUGGGAAGGCAGAGCUCGCCUUAAGCAUCAGUGUAUGCUGUCAGUGUACAUUACAACGGGAAGAAGGUACGAGUUGUGGAAUUGUAGCAGAAAAAGACUUUCUUGGCCAUAGCCGUUGUGCUUUCUACUGAUCUGAGAAAAACUAAAAAAGAAUCUGUCCUCUUGCUCGCCGAUUAGGCCUGCUUCAGAAAUGCACUUGUCUGCUGUUAUAUUGGUUUGCCACUGAACCGGACCUGACAGAGCGUGUUUUAUUCUUUGUGUUUUCAAGUCAGAGAACUAUCCUGCUGCUUCUUCCCUGGGUGCUUCCCAGAUAAUUAAGAGUUGAGAUGCCAGCUGCUAGAAAGUACUUUACUCUUGGCCAGGCUGUCGAAGCAGGAUUGGAGUAUUCUGACAGUGACACAGAAGAUAAUGACAAUCCAGAAAUUUGUAUUCUUCCACCAGUAGAUGGGGAUGAUUCUGAAGUCGGACAUAUUGUUGAAAAUCAUUUGGGUCCAGAUGAACCAUCAGACGUUUGUAGAGAACUGGACGUGUUCACUGGUGAAAGCUUGGUUCUAAUAAAAUUGUGAUUACUGCAGUAGUUACUUGUGACAUUGAAAAACACCAUUCACGCAGUCGUAUAAGAACAUGCAAACUUGGGCGCAAAGUAAAGGAAGCUGUUCAUACUGAAGUUGAAGAAGAUGACUACAGUUCUUCAGAGCAAAGAAAACUAAAAACUACAAAGCCAGCUGAAGGUGUGGCAGAAAGUAACAAGACUGCAACUCGAAAAUACAAGCCUUCAGAGACAUUGCAGGUACCACGGUCAAGCCAUAAGACCGGUUGCAAACUGACAGACAAGUUCUGGAGCCUAUGAAAUCUGUGGAAGUAACCAGACUACUUGAUAUGCAUCCAAAUUUGCUGAUGAAAACACCAUUGGUGGUGGAGUUUGACGCUUGUUUUGGUGACAAGCAAUCACUUGAAAACCCUAGUGUAUUUUUAUCAUGUUGUGUGUACAGUUCCAUCUGGAUUUUUAUUGUCCACAUAAGAAAUUAGACAGUUUGUCGCCAUUGUUCUGCUGUCAGGAUACCACACUUUGUCCAGGGAAUGAAAUUACUGGAGCAUGACUGAUGACAUGGGUUGUAAUGCAGUGAAGAAAGCAACGACCAAAAACAGAUUCCAGGAACUGAAAUUUUUCCAUGCAGCCAACAACUAGAACCUGGAGCAGUUUAAAGUUGCAAAAGUAAAACCUUUUGUGAUAGUUUGAACAGAGCAUUGAUGCAAGUUGGCAUGUUUGAAGAAAAUCCGAAUAUAGAUGAAUCGUUGGUUCCAUACUGUGGCCACCGUGGGGCUAAAAGGUUUAUAAAGGGUAAGCCAAUAAGGUUUGGCUGUAAAGUGUGGAUGCUUUGCUCUUCAGAUGGAUUCCCAUUCCAGGCUUCUAUUUACUGUGGUAAAGCAGAUCAGCCUAAAAACGUUGCUCAUGAAGGCAGAACCAGCACAGUUGCUUUACCCAACAAACGAGAGUUCCAGAAGUCACAGAGAGGAAAGUUUUAUAUACACAAGUGUGACUGCCAAGUUAACAUUGUCAGAUGGAGUGACAACAAUGUGGUGACUUGCAUGUCCAACUUUGAUGUUGUCAACACCAUUGUGAUGAUAGAAUGGCAUGUCAAAGGUACUGCGAGUGGUGAAAAGACAGAUUCUACAGCCAAGUAUGAUGAUUAACUGUAUGUUGGGGCACAUGGGUGAUGAACAUAUGCUUGACCGACUUCUAGCAGCAUACUGUCCUAUGAUAAAGUCAAAGAAGUGGUGGCAUUAUCUUCUAGUCAAUGCAUUCAGUAUGGCAUUCAGUAGUGGAAACUUCACAACAAAGUUGCUCCAUCUUCAUACCGUCUCACAUGUCUUGAAUUUUGAGGGGAAGUUACCAGGGGCUUGCUCAAAGGAGUAUCUCAUCACUGGCUGCUCAGAGUUCCCACUGCACCAGUACCUCAUCUUGUGCGAUACUAUGGCACUCAACACUACCUUGAGUCGACAUCGCAAGGGAGGUGUGCCUACUGCCAGUCAAACGCACUAAAGAAAUGUGGAAAGUUUGACAAGCGCCUUCACAUGAACUGCUUUGAACUGCCUCACAGUCAACACUUUUGAACUCUCCUAGCCUUGAUGUCUUGACAAACUGCCAUUUGACAAUUCAUUGAAUUUAUUUUAGACUUUUCUUUAAUAUUAAUAUAUCUGUAAAAAUAUUAGACAAAAACCAAGGAAUCCACCACGAUAAAGGAGAAUGAAACUUUUAUUCCACAAUGCAAGACAAAAAACGAGCGCUUUCACAUACGUCGAGCACUGACUGCAGGCCGGUAUGGACUCUGAUGGAGAGGUAGAGGUGGAUUUCCUAAACUACAGCACUGCCUUGUUAGAGCAUCUCAAUAAACAUCGGGUGGAGGGCAAGUUCUGCGACAUCUCCAUUCAUGUUCAAGAGCAGAUUUUUAAGGCACACAAAGCAGUACUAGCAGCUUCCUCACGAUAUUUUCAUGAUCAACUCCUGCUUAGUGAUUCGAAUUUCAUCGUGCUACCUGAUGUGCUUAAUCCAGCAGUAUUUGAAAAGAUCUUGGCAUCUGCUUAUACAGGAAAACUUUCUUUUUCCCUGGAUGAUAUCGGGAGUUAUUUGACAUUGGGCAGCUUUCUUCAGAUGUGGCAUGUAGUGGACAAAUGUAAUGAGUUCCUUAAACGAGGUUGUCUUCUUUCCAAGGCUCAUUCCAGCCGAUCUAGUGAAAACCAGUCUCCUAGCAGCAGUAAUUUCUUUGGCUGUCGAGAUGUGGGAGAAUCUUGGGGAUCUGACCUUACAAAGUCUUGCCUCAUGGGGAAAGAGCAACCAGAAGUUGGAGCUGAACAUCACAUGGUGGUACAGAGUGACAUGAAUCAGAAUGUUCCUGUCCAGACAGUCUGCAUUGAGGGAGAUUCAGGCAUUAGUGAAGGAGGGAAUUGUUCCUUCAAGCCCGUAGCACAAAUGCCUAUAGAUUUGACUGAGCAGAUUAAACAGGAGCUCCCAGAUGAGGUUAUGAGUCAUAGGCAAAGCAGAGAAAACCAGAAGGGCUUGAAUACAGUUCCCAGUGUUGGUCCUCUUGAGCAGCUCAUGAAUAUUGCUGAGAUUCGUAGCUUUUCAGGGCUUGAUUUUGGAGCAAGCAGUUCUGAAACCUCAGACUUCUCAGCCCACUCCUUCCUCCCAGAAGGCCCAGCAGAAGUGAACGAAGACAGCUCAUUACCACUUACAGCCGUGCAAAGCAGCAGGAGUAGUAAUCAAAGAGGCACAAGUCAUUUGUCACAUGGGCCUGUGGAGCACACAUCCCGGUAUGGAAAGAAGAUCUAUGGCUGUUUUUGUGGAAAAAGGUUUCCAGAGAAAGGCAGGCGAGACCGGCAUGUAAUAUUACGAAUCAGCAUGAGACCUUUUGCUUGCCCUCUCUGCAGUAAAAAAUUCAAACUAAAACACCAUCUUAAUGAGCACAUGGUGGUACACAUGGAUAGAACGCUACAUGAAUGCCAUACAUGUGGCAAGAAAUUUAAAAUGUUGGAAUGUUUUCAGAGGCACAGAGAGAACUGUGAGAGGAUGCACAGCACUGAUGCAGUCUCCCAGCUAACAAGCCAUGGCUAACAUGAUAAUUUUAGAAUGGAGUUUUGGAUUGCAGCAGUUUUAAUCCCCUGGAUGCAGUGUAUUCAGGAUUCUCAUAGGUUCUUAAUGCUUGGGUUCAUGCUUAAAUUUCUUUUGUGCUUACUUCCAAUGUUCUUCAUGCUUUUUAUGGGAUUAGAGGGUUUACUGUGGAAGAAGACUUAAUUUCAGUAGUGCAAAAUCUGUUUGUACAAGGCUUCCAUUUUAGCAUUUUACAUAAAUCUUUUGUACAAAGCUUC